UUCAUUUAGUAGAGCAGAAGUGAAAAAAAAAACACUGUUUCAACUUGAAAUGCUAGAAGAUUGUUGUUCUUGUGUUACUCAUUCAUGCAAAUUGGAGAAGGUAUAAUUGAAACAAGGUUGGCAGUGUUUGAGGCAGUGUGCUGCAGCUGAGCUCAGCUGAAAGGUCGCUGGAAAUCAAGUGCUUUGUAAGUGAAGGCAUUUUGACUACAAGCGAUUCAAAAUAUGUGGAAACGUCAGUCUCAGGAAUGGGUCGUCUUUUUCUUUCUAUGAUAUCUGGUAUCUAAGGUUUUACUUAGGAGAAAGACUACUACUUCAGAGCUCUUUCAGGCACCACAAAUGAUUUUUUCCUCUGAUGCAGCCCAGCUGCCGCUAGCCUGUCUACCAACAGAGAUCUUUGUUAAGACUUUCAGCCCUUAACAUGUUUGGAAAUGAGAACAAAUGGCACAAAGCUUACGAUUGCACUUUGCAGCCCGAAGAAGCAAUACUUACCCUUUGUCAGAAAGCUCCGGAGAUGAUUUGGAGAGCAGUGUUCUCAUGUGCUUCAAGAGACCAAGCCGGAUUUCAACGUCUAACGUUGUGCAAAUGAAGCUGACUCCUAGACAGACCGCGCGAGCUCCGUUGAUGCAGGGAAACGUUAAGACUCAGGAAAGACCAUCUGUGCCUUCACCUGAAAAUGUUAAUAAAAAGAGCAGCUGUCUGCAGAUUUCACUACAGCCAACAAGGUACAGUGGAUGUCUCCAGCCUUGCAGUGUCUUAGCUGAUGGGGAGGAUGCUUCGUGGACGUGUGUCUUGAGGGACGGCAUGGAGCACAGUGCUGUGGCUGAGAACGAACUGAACGCUGUGAGUGAUGGUGACCUUGUGAGCAGUCCUGCCCUUCGCAGCCGUAGCCUUAGCAACUUUUCCACCAGUGAGAAUGGGUCUUCCAGCAGCAACGGUAGUGAUUACGGGUCGUGCACCAGUAUCACGAGCAGUGGUUCCUACACAAACAGUACCAUCAGCGACAGCAGUGGUUCUCCUUUUCCACCAACGGAUGAUCCUUUUUUGGGUGGAAAUGUCCCUUCCGACAGCACCUCCAAUAGAAGUGUGCCAAACAGGAACACUACUCCAUGUGAAAUUUUCUCAAGAAGCCCAAGUACUGUUCCUUUUGUCCAGGAUGACUCGGAGCGUGGACUAGAAAUUAUGAAAUUGCCAGUGAGCAGGAACUCGAAAAUUCCACUAAAACGUUGUUCAUCUUUAGUCAUUUUCCCUCGGAGUCCCUCAAAUACCCCACCAACCUCUCCGACAAGUACGGAGAUUCUUCCAAGCAAAGGAUCCUAUCAAACCUCACACCAGUUUAUUAUUUCUCCCAGUGAAAUUGCCCACAGCGAGGAUGGGACUGGUGCUAAGGGAUUUCUUUCCACAGCUGUCAAUGGGCUCCGGUUAUCGAAAACAAUGUGUACUCCCGGGGAAGGAAGAGACAUACGAGCACUUCACAGGAAGGGCUCAUUACAAAAGAGAAUUGCUGUUGCACGUAAUAGUACGAAUCAGCCUGCCUGUGAAAAGUCACCUGAAGGAUAUUCCUGUGUCUCAGUGCACUUCACCCAACAAAAAGCAACUACAUUAGAUUGUAAAACAGCAAAUGGUGAUUGUAAACCAGAGAUGUCAGAAAUGAAGCUUCAUUCUGAUUCAGAGUGCAUUAAGCCUAUGCACAGGACAUCUGCACGUUUACCAUCCUCUCAAAACAUAGAUUACCAAAUAAAUAUCAAUAGACAGUUGGAAAGACCAAAUUUACAGAUAAACAAAAACCAUGCUGUUUUACAAAGAAGUAUUUCAUUGGGAGGAACUUACCCAAAUGUUUCCUGUUUAUCCAGCCUUAAACACAAUUGUUCCAAGGGGGGACCAUCACAAUUACUCAUAAAGUUUGCAUCUGGAAAUGAAGAUAAAGUUGAUAACUUAUCAAGAGACAGUAACAGAGAUUUCACAAAUGAACUAUCUAAUUCUUUAAAACAUUCUUAUGAGACAAGAGAUGAUUUCCUAGGUCAAGUCGAUGUUCCUCUUUAUCCAUUACCGACAGAAAAUCCAAGAAUGGAGAGACCGUAUACAUUUAAGGAUUUUGUUCUUCACCCGAGAAGUCACAAAUCAAGAGUUAAAGGUUAUCUGAGAUUAAAAAUGACUUAUUUACCUAAAACCAGUGGCUCAGAAGAAGAUAACACAGAACAGGCUGAGGAAUUAGAGCCUGGCUGGGUUGUUUUGGACCAACCAGAUGCUGCUUGCCAUUUGCAGCAGCAACAAGAACCUUCUCCUCUACCCCCAGGAUGGGAAGAGAGGCAGGAUAUUCUUGGAAGGACCUACUAUGUAAACCAUGAAUCUAGAAGAACACAGUGGAAAAGACCAACCCCUCAGGAUAACCUAACGGAUGCUGAGAAUGGGAACAUGCAACUGCAAGCCCAGCGUGCGUUUACCACCAGGCGGCAGAUAUCUGAGGAGACGGAGAGUGUGGAUAAUCGAGAGUCUUCCGAGAACUGGGAAAUUAUAAGAGAAGAUGAAGCCACCAUGUAUAGCAAUCAGGCCUUCCCAUCACCUCCAGCAUCAAAUAACUUGGAUGUUCAGACUCCUCUUGCAGAAGAAUUGAAUGCCAGACUCACAAUUUGUAGAAAUUCAGCCACCAGCCAGCCAGUAUCCAGCUCAAAUCAUUCCAGCAGAAGAGGCAGCUUACAAGCCUAUACUUUUGAGGAACAGCCUACACUUCCUGUGCUUUUGCCUACUUCAUCUGGAUUACCACCAGGUUGGGAAGAAAAACAAGAUGAAAGAGGAAGAUCAUAUUAUGUGGAUCACAAUUCCAGAACUACAACCUGGACGAAGCCCGUGUUACAGGCCACAGCGGAGAGCAGUCAGCUGCCAUCAGGCCAGAGUUCAGUGUGCCCUCGACCCCAGGUCCCCACCGGCGACUCAGCGCAGCAGGUGACCCAGCCGUCUGAAAUGGAGCAAGGAUUCCUUCCUAAAGGCUGGGAAGUCCGGCAUGCACCCAAUGGGAGGCCUUUCUUUAUUGACCACAACACCAAAACCACUACCUGGGAAGAUCCAAGACUGAAAAUUCCACCUCAUCUGAGAGGAAAGACAUCACUUGAUUCUUCCAAUGAUCUGGGGCCUUUACCUCCAGGAUGGGAAGAAAGAACUCAUACAGAUGGAAGAAUCUUCUACAUAAAUCACAAUAUAAAAAGAACACAAUGGGAAGAUCCUCGGUUGCAAAAUGUAGCAAUAACUGGACCAGCAGUGCCCUACUCCAGGGAUUACAAAAGAAAGUAUGAGUUCUUCCGACGAAAGUUGAAGAAGCAGAAUGACAUUCCAAACAAAUUUGAGAUGAAACUUCGCCGUGCAACUGUCCUUGAGGACUCUUACAGGAGAAUUAUGGGUGUCAAGAGAGCAGAUUUUCUCAAGGCUCGACUGUGGAUUGAGUUCGAUGGUGAAAAGGGAUUGGAUUAUGGAGGAGUCGCCAGAGAAUGGUUCUUCCUGAUCUCAAAGGAAAUGUUUAAUCCUUAUUAUGGGUUGUUUGAAUAUUCUGCUACGGAUAAUUAUACCCUACAGAUAAAUCCAAACUCCGGAUUGUGUAAUGAGGAUCACCUCUCCUACUUCAAGUUUAUUGGCCGGGUAGCUGGGAUGGCAGUUUAUCACGGCAAACUGUUGGAUGGUUUUUUCAUCCGCCCAUUUUACAAGAUGAUGCUACACAAACCAAUAACACUUCAUGAUAUGGAAUCAGUGGAUAGUGAGUAUUACAAUUCGCUGAGAUGGAUUCUUGAAAAUGAUCCAACAGAAUUGGACCUCAGGUUUGUCAUAGAUGAAGAGCUUUUUGGACAGACACAUCAACAUGAGUUGAAAAUUGGUGGAUCAGAAAUAGUUGUCACCAAUAAGAACAAAAAGGAAUAUAUUUAUCUUGUAAUUCAGUGGCGAUUUGUAAACCGAAUCCAGAAGCAAAUGGCCGCCUUUAAAGAGGGAUUUUUUGAACUAAUACCACAGGAUCUCAUCAAAAUUUUCGAUGAAAACGAACUAGAGCUUCUUAUGUGUGGAUUGGGAGAUGUCGAUGUGAAUGACUGGAGAGAACACACGAAGUAUAAGAACGGCUACAGCGUGAAUCACCAAGUCAUACAGUGGUUUUGGAAGGCUGUACUAAUGAUGGAUUCAGAAAAAAGAAUAAGAUUACUUCAGUUUGUCACUGGCACCUCUCGAGUGCCCAUGAAUGGAUUUGCUGAACUAUAUGGCUCAAAUGGACCACAGUCAUUUACAGUUGAACAGUGGGGUACCCCGGAAAAGCUGCCCAGAGCCCACACGUGCUUUAACCGCUUGGACUUGCCACCCUAUGAAUCAUUUGAAGAAUUAUGGGAUAAACUUCAGGUGGCAAUUGAGAACACUCAGGGCUUUGAUGGCGUCGAUUAGAUUCCAAAUAACAAUCUAGAGUGCUUCACUGCCGCUUUUGGAUAAGCAAAAUCUUGACUUAAAAUUUUCCAGGGAACUACUAAAACUUGGCCUUUGUUUCUUCCCAGAUAGUGGAGAAAAAAUCACAUAAAAGCAUUAGAAGAAACAGUAUGACAACCUUCCCGUUAUUUCAUUCACUCUUAAACAAUACGUUGCAUUUACACAGCUGUUUCUUUCCAUCUUUCGAGUUCCCACUCUAGGGUUUAAGUCCCAUGUGCCUGAAAUAGUGAGUUUUGUCCUUAAUAUUUACCUCUUUUACAGUAUUUGCCAGGCAGUUCUUUCUUAAACUACUGAAAUUGUAACUGUGAAAUAUUUGUGACAAGUGUCAUGUGUGAAACGUUGGUUUUUGAGAGGGAAAACUGAAAUUUGGAGAAGAAUACUUGGACAUUGAUUAAACUACCAUGUAUUUCGUGCUGCCUGCAGCUAUUUAUUAUUUUGUAGAUCUGCCUCUUGCACCUUACUGCCAAGAUUUUGGGGAAAAAACUUGGAAAGUGUGUUACCUAUCUUUUUCGUCCACUGACUCACUUGCAAAAACAAACAAAAAAAAUUGUUUACUUCUUCAUUUUUAAAAGUAUUUGGCUUUUGUUAAUAUGUAGCUUUAGUAAACAAGGUGGUUUAUAAGACAUGUGAAGCGAAUUCAGAUUCACAAAGCGUGAAAAGUGUUAAUGUCUUCCUCUUGCCUGUAUAUCCUUUUGGUUCACUGGCAUAGUCCUCUCUCCUUCCUGUUUAAAGUAAAAGAAUUCCUUCUUCAGACAUUACGCUAAAGCUCCGGAGAGCAGUAUUUCUAUAUAUGCCUUGAGGAACUAAGUUAAAUGUGUAGUACUUGCCUUUACUAGUCAUCCUUUACACUUGCACAAUUAUGUAGUAAAUAUAUGUUUACAGGGUUUAUUAUGUUUACAGAUUAAGCUGAUUUCUGUAGUUGCGUUUUUAUAUUUUUAGUAUCUCUUUAGUAAAAAAACAAAUAAUUUGUUAAAAAUAACCAAAGAGUAGUCAUAAUGUGUAAUUUGUAUUAAAUUUAUUACCACAUUUCUUAUGCUUUUUGAAAAUACUGUUUACUAUGAACACGAUGUUUUGCUAUAAAUCCAAAACUCUUUAGAAAAAUGCUACAAGUAGAAUCCUACUUGAACCAAAUUGAAAUACAUAAAAAUCACGUGCAGGCAUUCAGCAAAUGUGUGCUGGAUGCCUGCUGGGCGCCUAGCCCUGCGCGAGGCCCUGGGGUGAGAGCUGUCAGCCUCAAAGAAAUCUAGCUCAGUUCUCACCUCAAGGAACUUACGGUCCUGUAAAUUAAUUUGUAAACAAUCAAAAGUAGGGGUAAGCAGAAAGAGGCAAAAGGAAAGGUGUCCCGUGCACAUGCACAGAUAAAGUGUGCCAAGACUUGUAUUUAUAUGUUUCAUGCAUAUAUUAGAAUGAUGACAUAGAAAAUGCUCUUGCAAAAAGUUAAAACUGUUUCUCAAUAUGGUGUCUUGGCGAUUUAGGAAUAAUUGUAAAUAUAUGUUCUCAAUCUUCUUAUAUACAUGUGUAUACUCGAAGAGUUGUAAAAAGUGCUUCUGGCUAUUGGUUUAAGUUUGUGGGUGUAACACCAUGGGUACCUAUAGACACCUGCUAAAGAUCUCAAGUGGGACAGCAGCAGAACCACUUUCCAAACACCACAUCUCCAGCACGGCCUAGGGAAAGUAAUUGACAGAUGAGUGCACCCUCCGUUUUACCUUCACCUGUGUUAACCAGCAUUCAGGCAAGGCCACCAGAUACAGUACUAGUUUUAUCACUUACCAACUGUUGAAACUGAAGCAGCUUCCUUAACCUCUCUGGGUACCUGUUCUUUCACCUGUCAAACAGGAACAAGCACGCCCACCCUCGUUGUCAGGGAAGCUUGUUAUAAGUUCCAGAGAGACGCUUUGUAAAGUAUGAUACAAUCAGAAGAUGCUUUGUGCUAUCCAUCAGAUUUUGUCAAAUCAGGUAUGCACACUAGCUACACUCCCAAAGAGAAUCUCUUCGUUUAACAAUAAAAUGUCUACUGAUAGACAAAAAAAUAGGAACAUCUCUGAUAUUGAAUAUGUGUGUGUGUGUGUGUUUAUAGAUACUAUCAGAAUUCAUCUUCUCCACAUCAGCAAAGUAAUAUGGGCCAAUGCAUUUUGAAGUGUCCUCAUUAUAGAGAACUUAAUGUGAAAACUGUUUUUGUUCAGACAGGAUCUUAACCACGUAAUUGUUUAAGUGUCAUUUCUGUGAAAUAGCAGAGCAGAUCAGAGCUCAAGGCAAAAUAAAGCUUGCUUUUUCAGCUGACUGAUACUCACUGGGAUGAACCUGUGACUCAGAACAAGGUGUUAAUGAAACCAGACACUCCCCCCGGCUCCCAGCCACGGACCAUCCUCCCCUUCGUCUCCAAGUGUGGGCUGGUGGUCUGGAUGGAGCCUGUAUCAAGCCACACAGCCUCUCAUCCCAGAUAAAAAAAAGUGUCUUAAAUGCACUCGACAUCUGGAGAGUAAAUAGGGUCAUUUUCAUAUAGCAAGGAUGUUUUAUUUUUCUAGAAAUUAUAAGCACAUAAUUUUAGCCUAUAUUUUCUCUGUAAUCAAACAAACUGUAACAUAGACAUGAAAUUGUAAAACAAAUGCAAUUCAUCCUAACCCAAAUUUAAAUGGUAUUUGUUUUCAUUUUUUUAUUUAUAAUACUGAAAUUAUUCCACAUAAUUAUCAAGUUAAACACAAUUCGUUUUGAUUAUGAAUCAUUUGACAUUGUU